UUGGCAACAUUGAGAAAAUGAAAAUGACAUCCACCAAUCCAAUCCGACAGCAGCGGCCUCCGAUCGCAUGCUGUGUGUAUUAAACGGGUUAAUAACAUUUUGCACCAUCUCGUCACAUGGUUUCAUUGAACCGUUUUCUAUGUUAUGAGGGAGGACUUGGAAAUUAAAGAUUUUAACAUGGGAUCCAUGGAGGAAGUUCGGAAGGCCGACAAGGUUGAAGAUUUUGGACCAAAUGUCAAAGUUCUUCCUACAAAUGAUCAAAUCAAAGAGUUGCAAACAAUCCUGAGAGACAAGAACACUUCAAGGAGCGACUUCAAAUUUUAUGCUGACAGAUUAAUUCGACUUGUUAUUGAAGAGAGUUUAAACCAACUGCCAUUUUCCAAAGUCACAAUAACAACUCCGACUGGAAGUGAAUAUAAUGGCCUGAAGUACGAAAAAGGAAAUUGUGGUGUCAGUAUUGUUCGCAGCGGAGAAGCUAUGGAGCAAGGACUACGUGAUUGCUGCAGAUCCAUCAGAAUUGGCAAAAUCCUAGUCGAGUCUGAUGCAGAUACACACGAAGCAAGGGUUGUUUACGCAAGAUUUCCAGACGAUAUAUCCAGUCGAAAAGUGCUUCUCAUGUAUCCUAUAAUGAGCACUGGAAACACUGUAGUCAAGGCUGUUACUGUCCUUAAAGAACAUUGUGUUCCUGAAGAGAACAUUAUCUUGUCAAACUUAUUUUGCACUCCGUUUGCAGCACGAAUUUUAACAGCCAAAUUUCCACAGAUGGUUAUUCUUACUUCCGAGAUAGACCCAGUGGCACCCAAUCACUUUGGUCAGAAGUAUUUUGGUACAGACUAAAUCAUUUUUGAGCAUUUACUUCCUCUUAAAAGUAUGUAAGUUUUUUAUAUUAUUGCUAUUAUUAAUAUCAUGUAUGUUAAAUACAUUGCAAGUAAAUUAUUGAAGUAAACAAAUAAUUUAUCUU